CACAACCGUAAUGGAUACCUGCAGAGCUUCCACAAUGCCAUAUCUUCAUCUGCUGGAUCUUCAGAGAUAGAUGAUCUGUCUCAGCUGUUGCCAGGCGUAAGAAAAUGCCACCAUCAUGGCGUCUCAACCACCCAUCGUCCCUUCGAAGAACGCCCUGCGAGCACUCCGCCGAUUGGCCUUGUCGCCUCCGACUAUCAUUGUGGGCGCGAUAGGCAGUAUCUGCGGAGUUGCGACGUUGAACUAUGAGACACGCCGUCGAGUCCAUCUGGCCGAACAGAUCGUUGAGACAAAGCGAAUAUUACGGUCUGUGUCUAGUGGGACAGCCUCUGCCCGUCUGAAUGAAAUGUUCGAAGCAGCAGAGCGAGGGGAUGAUUUCACGCUACAGGCACAACAUGCAAAGAAGAGAAAGAAAAGAAAUGGAGCGAGACAUUUCUCCACCGCGGCCGCGACCAGACCGACGCAAGAGGACGAAAGUAACACCGCGCAACAAGUCCUACAUUCAAGAGAGCAAGACUCUAGUCAUGGACACUCAACCAGCCACGACCAUGGUCAGAUCAAUUUGUUGAAAGGCCACAAGUCUAUCCCACAUGGUGCCACCCAGGCUGCAGAAGGCAUCAAGCAGGACGGAGGAUUUGUGCCUAGCGCGGACGCUGAAUUCCAAUACCGGACGACGAAGCCAGACAGUGGUGCGAGCAAGUCCAUAAGCGGCAUAUGUCGUCGUGUACCUACUGCGAAGAGUUUGCAUCUCCCAAAGAGUUCUCAAGCUCACGCGAUCAGCCCCUCAGCGCAGACACUUAUCAAAAAAUACCCAAGUCAGGGCAGACGGCAACCCAAGAAAACCGAACCGGAGAUGUCUGAUAUUGAGAAGUACCUUCUAAAACAAGGCUUGCUUCCAUCCCCAAUUGCGAAAGAGACCGGUAAAGAGAUGGAUCAGGAAGAUCGCCGCUCGGGAAGCCAACCAAGUUGCUCUUCAGAUGCUCACGGGACCUACGUGAAUCAUAUUGCACAGGAUUUACAACCUUCCAAGCACGCGAGUCAUGCGACGCCGCGGACGACUUAUUCUCUUGGGAAUACAGAAGGGGAUGCAUAUACUCAUUUCGCUACGAGCGAGAACAGUGAGGAGUCUCAAUCACUUCUGCUAUACCCUGAGCUGAACGAGUUCGCUCGCUCGCACCAUACAAGCCCUAUCCGACACUAUUUGCCUCCCUAUAUGGCUAGCGCCGUACCUCUGUCGCGCUCAUGCGUCCGGUGGCACAGUGUCAAAAGCAACUCUUUAUCCGCUGAGGAAACGCGGAGCAGCGAUUUGAAAGCGUAUAUAUUGGGAAGAGCAGACUCCCAACGCAACCAAGCUGCCUGGCCGUCCUACAAUGUCUACGAUUUCGGCGACAAUGACACUGACAGAGCCGUCGACGAGGCACUCAAAAUACAUCUGAGGCAUGCCCGGAAAUUUGGCGGCUAUCAGCCAAAACCAAGUCGGAUUUUCGAGUCUCCGGUGCCGGACGCCGGCUCUGACGGCUUCAAAUCGAUUCCACAUUAUGUCCUGGAUUACCUGGCAAAAGCUGUUAACCCGAGGACGUAUCUCGACGUGAAGAACUUUAUAUUGCCUGUACAAUUCUCGUCAACUGAAGAGGAGGCGUUGCGGCGCUGGUUGGCGGCCAUGAGGCACUUUACACAACGCGAUAGUCCAGACUGGGCAAUGGCAGAAGCUCUGUUCUACAGCUUCCGCUUUUACUUUGGGCCCGACAAUUUAUUCAACCCACCUGUGGCGAGACUGAUAAGCCACCUCCUGUCGUCUGCACCAAAAUCCGAAAGCAUUCAAGAGAUCCUUUUCCCCAGUACAGUCCCGGAAGGGACAUCCUCAGACGUCUAUCAUUCACUUGCUUUUCGGUAUCUGACUUUCUUCUGCGAGGGGAAUAGUGAUAAAGCUUGUAUCGAAGAGCUGGCAAAGAUACAUAAACUGGCCAAACGGUCCAACAUGGGGCACAAAGAUAACUUCUUCGUGCCCGUCAUGCGAAAGGCACUCCGUUCGGAGGAUCCCGACCAAACAGAUGCUUUGAUGCAUGCAAUCGAAACGACAUAUCCCCAGUCUGUUGCGCCACAUAUCUGGGGUCAGUGUGCUUUAUGGUAUGCAAGUCAUGGAAAAUGGCAAGAUGUGCAAGCGAUGCUGGACCGAAUACAUGCGACCGGCUAUAGCAGACACCGGUCGGUCUUAUACGGAACUCUAUACCACAAGCUUCUGCUGCGGUACCUGGAGAAAAACAAUGCCACGCAAGCUUUCAGCUUCUUGGUCAAUGGCAUCAAAUAUGCCGGCCUCAUCCCAAUACACACGAUAUCGACGACGCUUAUAUGUGCGUGCGUCAAAGAGCGACGAUUCGAGCUUGUCACCGAAUGGAUCCGGCUGAUCCGAGAAGCCUUUCCCAGGGUCAAGCUAGGCUUCGAUUUGGAGCGCGAUGCAUGGAAUCUUGGCCAAGCCUUGAGAGAGUCAGGUGCCAAUUGUCAGGCAAUUGCAGAAGUUUGCCGAGCAGUCGCUCUAAGCUGCCGCGACGACCCAUUCUGUUCCCUAUUCAAAGAGUAUGUGAAGGAUCUUGUAAGGCUGGACUUGGUUAGAAGGAUGUGUGCAGUGUCAGAGCUAGGACAUACGGAUGUCCCGACGAAAAAUGCUCUUCGUUCAAUGACACUAGAUUCGCUCCUUGAGCAAGCCUACCGGUUUUGUACCUCGCCGAAGCCGCCAAACGAGAUCGACAUCAGGUUCGACACUCUCUCACAAGAUCUUGCUGAUCAGUUGAAUGCAGUUGACGGACUGAUGUCAAUAUUCAACGGCGAUUUCAGUCUAGCCCUAAUUGCCAACGGGCACACGUACCAGUCGACUGCUUUCCCCCAAGGUCUUCCCGCAGCAAGAACAGGUGAGAGGCCGAAAGACGUCAUGGGCUUCCAACAAAGGCCGCCGGAAAUUGUUGAGCGAUACGAAUUGCCUGACCACCUGGAAAUCGCAAAGGCUGUCGCGGAUCAUUAUGCCAUGCGGAAAAAGAAGAACCUGCCCGUCGACCAUUCCUUGCUCAAACACCUCCUACGGCGGCUCUCCGUGGACCGAGCAUCUGAUGCACUUGAACUGGUUGAGACGACAUAUGCCAGCAUUUACGUACAAGGCAUCGACGGCAAAACGUUCGACAACAGCAUCUUCUUACAGUGGCUUGAGUUGGCGGAUGUAGUUGGCGACGUGUCGUCAAUUGCCAGGGUCUUGUGGGCAGUGAUUGACUCUAGUAGACAACUCAAAUGGACUUUUGAUUUUGCUGCCCUGGUGACGCUUGUCGGCAAGAAGUAUAUACCGCCGACAGAGGCCAAAGGCGUCAACAAAUGGUUACCGAAGCACGAUCUGAUAUAUUUGACGAGGAGGAUAUGGUCCAUCAGGGAAAACUCGAGUGAGUAUAUCGGGGACGACUUUCGUUUCCCAGAUUGGCGUGAUUGGGAAGUGAGGCUGAGAGAAUCUAUGCAAGCCUCCCAAGCGGCUUAAUGAGAAGUGCUGGAUCAUGAAGGUCGAUAGCAACUUUUGUAUAUAUUCAGAUUCUAUGCGAAUUCAUUGAACGGCAUCAUCACUUUUCAAUGAUCUUAGAGUCUGUUGUAAAGAGGUGAAUCGUCGUGAAUAGCCGACGUGAUUGAGGGAGGUACAGUAUCUCAUAAAAAUAAAU